GCCCCCACCCCAGCGCCCGCGGUUGGGGCCUCCAUGGAGCCCCCGCCCCGAGGCCCCGCAGCACUCCCUGUGCCUGUGGGAGCCGUGAGGGGAACAAUGGCGGCGCCACUCCUGAGGGAGGCCGAGGCGCGGGCCGGGCCCCCGGUGAUGGGCUGAGUCAGAGUGCACGAUGCCUGCCCGCUACCUGAGCUUCCGCUGCAGCGUGCCCUGGCUGAUCCUUCUGCUGCAAGCUCUGUUCCUCACCCGCUCUUUCUUUGGCUUCCCAGGUGUUAGUGACAGCUAUGGCUUAUCCAACUCCUACCCAGAAUUUCAAGAUGUCACCCACAUGGUGAUUUUUGGAUUUGGCUUCUUCCUGAUGGUUCUGAGAAGAUAUGGCUUUAGCAGCACUGGAUUCAACUUCUUGCUCGUUGUUCUUGGUGUCCAGUGCUCUAUGCUGGCAGAAGAUUUAUUAGUUUUCAUUAGGGGAAAGCAAAAUCAAGUUGGUAUGAAAAGUCUAGCAAAGGCUGUGGUGAGCACGACUGCUGUGGUCAUCUCCACUGGGGCAGUCCUGGGCAAGGCCAAUCCUGUGCAGUUAAUUGUGAUGACCCUGGUGGAAUUAAUCUUUUUCCACGUGAGCAGGUGCAUCAACUCAACAUUCCUGAAGGUCCCAGAGCACCUCACUGUGAUGCACGUGCACCUCUUUGGAGCCUACUUUGGUCUGGCACUCACCUCCCGCUUCCCUGAGCCUCCCCCAGGGCUGGACAAGAACAGGAGCACCCCAAAGUCAGAGCUGUUCUCAGUGCUGGGCACUGUGUUUGUCUGGGUGUUCUGGCCAAGCUUCAAUUCUAUCCUGUCUGAGUCCAAGGAAGCAGUGCUCAACACUUACUUGGCCCUCGCAGUGAGUGCUGUGGCUGCCUUCAUGUUGUCUGCUCUGACCUCCAAGGAUGGCAAAUUCAGAAUGGCUCACAUCCGCAGUGCAGCCCUGGCUGGAGGGGUCGCUGUCAGCUACACGGCACACCGCAUCCAGCACCCUUGGAUUGCCAUGAUUUUGGGGCUGCUGGGCAGUGUCAUCACCAUCCUGGGAUCUCACUGUUUACAGAGGUGCUUCAAUCCUGCUUUGAAGCUUCAGGAUACUUCUGGAGUUCAUUUCACUUUUGGUUUGCCUGCUGUGCUUGGAGCUGUGGCCGCUGUUGUUCUCUGUGUUGUAGAAGAUGGGAUUGAGACACAGUGGAAUGAGUUAUCCAGUUUGGGUUACAUUGCCUUUUAUUAUAUUGGUGCCUUCUGUCAGACCAUCAGCACUGCCUUGAUAACAGGUUUGAUUACAGGUUUAAUCUUAAACAUCAAACUGCUGAAAGCAGUGCAUGUCUCAAAGUACUUUGAUGACCAGUUUUACUGGGAGUUUCCCCACUUGUCUGUUGGAUUUUGAGUGGAGGAUCCCAGCUGACAGACAGGACCAAGAUAAGAUUUUCCUCUUUAUCACCAGAAAAACUGAACAGCUAUGAUGAGUUCAAAGAGCACUGAAAUACCAAUUCUCAGGCCCACAAAAGCCACCCUAAUGGACACUCAAAAACUAAACUGUUCCAGUUAUUCUUGAAAGAUAGAGUGUGAAUUCACAGAUGCAAACUUCAGAUGCAUUCAGCUUUUCUGCUUUGUUUGCCUUACCUUAAAAUAUUUUUUAGAAGAUAUGCACAAAAAAGUUGUCUGCAUUCA